CUAUGAUUUUAAACUGACAACAAAGGUGGGAUUACGUCACCAGAAAAUUGUAACAUCACCUACUGAGUCUGUUCUAAGUGCUGCUUGAGCGAUUGUGUCCCUGCCAAGUGUUUGAGCCGGUGCCAAGUCUACAACUGGACGUGACGUCACGUGCAACAAAGCACAAAGAGACAGAAACACAAGUCAGCAAAUCCAAGCACUGCACAGAGGGAGCCUAAUUCUUGCACAAGCAUGGCAGACCACAAAGACGGACUAGAUGACUUUAAAGUCCAAACAGCCAAGCAUCCCCACAUCAGCACGACCCAGAUGCGGCCCCAUAACGAACACUCUAAAGACCGAGCAUCCAAAAGGCUCUCCACCGACUCUAACGGAACCAGUGAAGGAGGAGUGGGCUCGUCCACACCGGUUGAGCUGACCGCCUUGGAAGAGUCCUUUCGACGUUUCGCCAUCCACGGCGACACACGCGCUACCGGCAAGGACAUGCACGGCAAGAACUGGUCCAAGCUCUGCAAGGACUGCGGUGUGAUCGACGGCAAAAACAUCACCCUCACCGACGUAGACAUCGUCUUCUCCAAAGUAAAGAAGAAGUCCUCUCGCACCAUCAUAUAUGACGAAUUCAAGGUUGCGCUGGCAGAGCUUGCCAGGAAGAAGUACAAAGACAAGAGCGGAGAGGACGCAGAGGCCGAGGUCUUCAAGUUGAUUGAGGGGAAGGCGCCCGUGAUCGCCGGGGUCACAAGAGCGGUGGCUUCCCCGACAGUGAGCCGCCUGACGGAUACCACAAAGUUCACGGGGUCGCACAAGGAGCGUUUCGACGGCACGGGUCGCGGGAAAGGAAAAGCAGGACGGGUGGACGUAGUCGACACUUCGGGAUACGUCUCAGGAUACAAGCAUCGAGGGUCCUACGAAAAGAAGGUCACUAAACCCCCCAAUGCCAAACCCGUGUAAUAGUGUGUGGGGGGGGACAUUAGCUCUUCAGCUCGGAUCAUUUUCUAUUAAAAAGGGUACUCAAAAAGUCUAAACAAAAUAGGUCAUGUAUUUUCUCAUCCACUUAUGUUGGGUUUUUUUUUAGUUCCUCUCUUUGUGAAGUGUGAGAACUGGAAAACUGUUUACAUCUAUUUUUUUUUACAAAGUCUUCACCAGCUGGUACAUUCCUGUCUGAUGGCGAGUUACUGCCAAAAACUGAGGACAACACAAAUGAUGAUGAUGAUGAUGAUGACGAUAAUGAAGCUCUGUUAUGAUCGGGCCUUAGAAUAUUUAUUAGGCACAACCAACAAUGAAAGCCAAGGAAAACAAAAAUGGGACAAGAUUUUUAUGAUGUAACAACAUUGCACUUUUGCCCAUAUUAAGAAGAAAUUCAUUUUUAAUGAGCCUUCCAGACAAUUGGCGCCCAUUUUGGAUGAUGUAUAUUUAAUAUUCUGUCUUGUGUGUAUUAUUCCCCCAUUUGUCAACUGUGUAGUCUAUAAACUCUGCUCUUCUUUUGGUGAUAGUGCAGGAUAGCACAAAUUUCAGUACACACUUCACAUUUCAGCAACCGUGACAUUUUUGACUUUUUAAGGUACAAUACCACAGAAAGGAAACUUGGAUAUAGAGUAUUCAGUGUUAAGCUUGUAUUAUAGUAUAGAUGUAUUAUCCACUGAAAAUAAGUAUACACACAGAUAAUAUUUAUGGCAAUGUUCCCAACAGAACGUCUCUCUCAAGACCACAGUCAGAGAUGGUGGGGUAAGUCACAUAAUACUGCAUUGCGCUUUCAAAAUAAAAGCACGUGUAUUAUAGUCGUUCCUCGGUACAUCGUGCUUCAAAUAUUGCGGCUUCACCACAUUGCAGAUUUUUUAAAGCACAUUCUUUAACACAGUUGCCCUAAAUCAAGCUUUUUCAAGCACCAAAAUGGCUAAAUGAACUAAAAAUAUUAAUACUACCGUAGUAUAAGCCAAUAGACACCAAACCAAAUCAGAGUGCGCUGUUCAGUAUUGUUGCCAUUGAUUGGCUCGUAGUACUACAAACGUUUGUAUAUUAGAUUAAAAGAGUAUAACUAUGACUAAAUUGUGUUAUUUCAUUUACAGAGGGCUCUUAUAUAAUUGAAAACAUAUGUAGAAGGUACUAAAUAGUUUUUAUGCUGCAGUUACUAAAAUAUUAGAUUUAUAAUUAACGAUUCCUACUCAGUAGAAAUUAAUUUAUUGCGUGCAUGUCCGACCAUGUAACCGCGAAAAACGAAGGACAACUCUAUUGUACUGUACUGUAAUUGUAUUAAUCAUUUAUUCUGUAACAUUAUCCCUUGAAAAUAUAUAGUGAUACAAAUGUUGCUGAAAUGUGAGGGGUGUACUCACUUUUGUGACAUACUGUAUGCCUUUAGCUUCGGUAGGGAUUGCUUUAUUUCGCUUUCAGAUUUCACACAAACAGCACACUUUUAACUCAUGAAUUCAGCAGCAGGAGAAAGUUCAGUCGUGCAGAUUGUACUUUUAACAUUUAACUUAUAAAAUAUUAUUUUCCCUGUCCAGUUUAUGACAAGUAGCUGUAAUAUAUAUAUAUAUAUAUAUAUAUAUAUAUAUAUAUAUAUAUAUAUAUAUAUAUAUAUAUAUAUAUGUGGUUAGAUUGUGUAUAAUCUGAAAACUGUAGCCACUUGGUUUGAUUUCUGACACUGGCUUCAUGUUCCUUUCUGUGUUGCUGUACCUUAUGCAUGUUAUGUAUAUUAAUUACAUUUGUUUCGAGAAGCACAGAACUGAUAGUAAAGUGUGUUAUGUCAUGUUUUGAUCUACUGUGCCUGCUGUGAGGACAGACUACUGGACAGCCAUUUUAUUGCUUAGAAAUGGAAGUAAAGAUUAAAAGGUGUUAUUGCUUGUAUUCUAUAGAAUAAAUAGAAAGUCGGCUGCCAUCGAAUGCUGUUAUAUUUGUUAUCAGGAGAACCUAUAAACAUGUGGUACUGUCGGGCCGAGGCACAAAUUUAAUUGAAGAAAAGAAGGGAAUGCCGGUUUUCUCCCUAAGUACUGUCUGACGUAAAAGGGAAAAAAAUCCAAAAAGUAUACUUUUGUAAAGUAUUUUUAACAUUUGUUGUGAUACUUGCUCAGUGUUAUUUUGUCUGCUGCAGUCGCUGAAGUAAGCUCCUUGUGCUUAAUGCCAAAUACUGUGCACCUUUAAUGUGGAUUUUUUAAUUCAUAACUUUUUAAUAUGCUAUGUGUCCCUGAUGCAUGCAGUGGAUGUUUUUGUACUUGUUCUUUAGACCUCUUAAUUGUGUGUUCAUGAUUUGUCGUGCAGUGUCGAAAAUAAAACAAAAGCACAACCAAAAGAGUGAAAGUGAAA